CUCCCAUUUAUUUCUGCAGAAUUUCUCCAAAAAGGUCUCCCAUUUAUUUUUGCAUGUAUUGAAAGACCAACCAAAGACCCAAAUACUUCUUUAUAGAAAGGCAACCAAGUGUAGAAUUUAAGUGACUCUCACUGAUCAAACCCAAAUGGAAAAAGUAUCACAAAAAUGCAAAAAAGUAGAGUCAGAAUCUGAUUAUGAAUCAGAAUCAGAUGAUGAUGAUGAAGAAGAAGAAGAACCAGAGAAGUGGAGAAAACACUACUCAUCAAAGCAGAGACUGUUGUUAAUUGGAGAUGGUGAUUUCUCAUUUUCGCUCUGCUUAGCUAGGGCUUUUGGUUCUGCUCAUAACAUGGUUGCCACUACUCUUGACUCUGAAGAGAAUAUAGAGAAGAAGUACAGUAAUGGAGUAAGUAAUGUGAGGGAAUUAGAAGAGAGAGGAUGCUUGGUGUUGUAUGGAGUGGAUGCUAGAGAGAUGAGACAGCAUUUUUUCUUGAGAACUCAAAGAUUUGAUAGGAUUGUGUAUAAUUUUCCUCAUGUCGGUUUCAUCUUCCGCGAGGGUAGCUACUGCCAAAUCGAGUUGAACAAGUUAUUGAUAAAGGGAUUUCUGUCCAAUGCCAAAGUUCUACUAAAAGAAAAUAACAGUGAGAUUCAUGUAACGAACAAAGAAGGCGACCCUUACGAUAAAUGGGGUUUAGUUAAGAAAGCAAAGAAGAUAGGCCUUCUUACGCAUGACAUAGUUCCCUUCUUCAGAGACGAUUAUCCUGGGUAUAACAACAAAAGAGCUCAUGGAAUUUUUUCUGAUGCUCCAUUUGCUUUAGGCAAUUGCAGUACUUACAAGUUCAAGGUCGAUCACUGAGCCACCCCGGUUCCCCUGGAGAAUCACCAAUUCAUAGCAUUUGAGAUGUCAAUGGAGUCGAAAUUCUUCAUCCAAGUACGUGUUGCGUAACUAGAAUGUGUUCAAGAUUUCUUCCGAUUUAUAAUUUUUCUUGUAGAUUGCAAUUUAAGUUAUGAAAAGUAUUUGAAAUUUAGUGAGUCUUGCAUGAAGAAUGCUUCUUCCUUAAGAGUACACUUGCCUAGAAAAUGUAAUCGAAUGGAGACAACUUAUGAGCUAUUCAAAUUUCAAUAGAGAUAAACUCAAAAUUAAUUUGA